ACCUCCCGUCUGGCAAUGCAAGCCCUGAAAUGACAGCGAGAACUGCAUUCACACACACAAGUGGCGUCUCAUGAAACACUAUUUAAACAGUUCAAGAUAGAGUCCUUAUUAGCUGUGAUGCCUUUGGGCAAAGUGUAGAAGAAUGUUUGUGUGGUUGUUCCUGUAAAUCCUGUGAGCUGUGAUUUCCUUGCAGGACAGCAACACCAUUGCACCUCUUCCCUCAGAGGAAUAUCAUGCUGCUGUUGAAAGCACCUGGCAGGGGAAAGAGCCAUUUUUUGUUUAAAGAGGUAUCUUUCUUGUUAGUAAGAUAUGAAGUUUGGCAAAGGACUGGCGUGUCAGCUGAAGUCAGUCAGAAACUGGGCAGCCCUUGGUGUGUUGUUGACGGUGGCGCUCCUGUUGUAUCAUGACCCAUUUCUACUACUCUGGUGGCCUCAGAGACCUGCUGAGAAACCUAAGAGUGUUGGUUUACCUCUGGAUAUGGCAACAGAUUCCAUUGAUGACAUGUAUGAUGGUUGCCGACGUGAAACAGCCUCUGUGAUCGACCUGUUUGGCGUGUUCGAGUGGCACUUCAACAGAAACUUCAGUUUGGCCUGGGCUUCAGCUGAAAGGAAUGCAAAGAAACCUGUGCACGAGAACCUGCAAGAAGACCAUGCUACAGUGAUGUACAUGUACACAAGCUUCAAAAAUAUCCAACAAGAUUUCAACAAAGCAGUGAAAACGGGGAAAGACAAGUACAGCACGUACAGAUUUAAGUUCCACUAUUUCUACUUUUACCUGACUGAUGCCAUUCAAGCUCUGCGUCACAAUCAGACAUCGUGCAGAACCACCUAUCACAGGACACGGACACUGUUUGAUGUCACCAUCAAUACCAGCAUGCGUUUCGGUGCUUUCACCUGGGUAGCGUCAGGCAAGCAGUCCUUUGAUUUUAAUGGCAAUGUGUCUUGUUUUGAGAUCCAGACAUGCUUUGGCGCUGAUAUAACAUAUUACUCUGCUACAAAACAAAUUGGACAGGUGCUGAUUCCUCCCUAUGAGGUCUUCCAAAUCACGGAUGUACUGACAAAUGAGCCAUGGUGCAAAGUAGUCUACAAGCUGCAGAGCACCAAAAUGCCAAUGACGGAUUUAAAUUGCAAAUUGAAUCAAAGGAAUAUAAAAACGUAUAUUGAAGCGGUUUCAACACAGUGGCAGGCGAGCAGCAUUUGGAUGAUGUCAGCAUGCAUAAUUCUGUUGGUUGUCAUUUCUUUAGUUCUUGUAAAGCGCAGGCAGAGGUGUUUUGUGGCUGCUGUGCUUGGUACUCUGCUGGUGGUGAUGACGACUCUGGUGAUGUUGGGAGUCAGCCUCACAGCGGAGUGAUGAUAUGGUAAUGGGUGUCAGUCAUUGAGAUAAUUCAGAAAUGUAUUUUUUGAAAGUUAUGGAGGUAUGAAAAUGUUUCCUUCGCUCAGUUUUCAGAGGCUAUACUUUGCACAAUAAAUAAAACAAACAAACAAAAAAACCCCAACAACUCACAAUUCAUGUGUCAUUGAUUAUUUUAUAAAAUCAUGAGUUCCAACAUGGUACCUCUGUAUAGAAAAGUAUCCAAAAAGAGGUCAAAGCAGAAUAAAGCCUAAAGCAGUUAAAGGGGUGAUUUAAUUGGAUUCUGAUGCGCUGCCUACACACACUGGCUUUAUGGUAUGAAAAGUAGCUCAUUAUUUCAACAUAUUUACACAAACUGCACCACUGUAUGCCAUAAUAAUAAUACAUGAUAUAUAAAGUUAU